UGAGGUUGGUCUUCCGAAGUACGGUGCAUUUGUACCCACUGAGGACUUUGGCAGUUCCUGGGUCACCAGGUCAAAAAACUUCCACAGACUCGUCUGCCUUUCAUGAUAGGAAUCUGGAGCAGCUUUUUGUCCGUCAACCUUACAGAUCUGUGGCACCUUGUCACAGGCUUUGCUCCAUCCUGGAUAGGUAGUGAUGUCGUCAACACAGAGACGGACAACAACCCGUCCACGCUGGACACCUUCUUGAUCAAACCAGCCACCAACAUGGUGCAGAUGAUCACCAAGUUCUUCACAUACCGACCAUUCGUCAGCCAGAUUUACAACUUUAUGCGAGGCCUCUAUCUCCACUGGGACUACAACAGCACGAAUGGUUUCACCGUAGGACAAGACACACAUCCUGAUGCCUUUCCGAACCAGUUGACACCAGCGGACCCAACCCUGAAUCUGGUGGACUCGGGGUUGUCCUGCAACACGGGGUUCCCCCCUGUGCUGCGACCCCACAGACGUAUGGACCUCAUCCUGUCCCUUAACUACUCCUGGGAUUCAGACCAGUUUAUGGUAUAUACAUUAGACAGCCAAGACUACCACACGUGCAACACAGGACCAAUCAAGCAUAUACCUUCAGACUAA